AUGACGCUGCGGUGCCGAAUACGGGCGACGUGGUUGAAGAAUUACGCGAACGCGUCGGCGGACGGUGCGACGGAGCUGAGCAUGGUGAGCGGCUUGGAGAGCGAGAGCUCCGCAGUGACGGAUGCGACGCCUCCGAAUCUGUUGCGAGAACAAGAUUUAAGCGGAUUUCAACAGCUUUUGAGCCCGGUGGCGGAGAGCGUUUCGCCCGUAAUCGUGCGGCAGAGCGAGCGUCGCGAAGAACAGGCGCGUGCGGAGCUCGAGGCGCAGCGACGACUCAAUGCGGACAUGGAGGUGAGACUUGAGGCAGUGAGAAAUGAACUCGAGAAGACGAAAGAAGAGCUCGCGACGCAGCGACGCGCGGUCGAGAACGAGUCGGCUCGCGCUCAAUCAGAAAUAGCGGCGGCGAAGGAGGAGGCGCAGAAAACGCUGCGCGAGAAGGAGCGCGCCAUCGACAGAGUUCUUUCUGACAUCGCGGCGAUUGAAAAGGAACGGAACGCGGCUGUGCGAGCGAGUAAGGAUCAAGGUUUUCAUAUCGAAGCUUUGGAACGUUCUCUUCGAGAAAGAGACUCGGACAUCGCGCGGUUGAAGAGUCUAAAAGACACAGACGAAGCUACGGCGACGCUGGAGGCCGAGCGAAUCGCACAUUCGCGCGAGAUUGAGCGAUAUAAAUCGCAGUUGGACGCCGCGGACACACAGAUCGAAACAUUGAGCAGAAGUCAUAAGAACGCGCACGCUGCAUUUCAGCGAAAAUUAGAUUCGCAGCUGAAACUUCGCGCUGAAGCCGAGAAGGUCUUCGAACGCGAGUUGGAGCAAAAGCACGUCGAGUGCGAUGACUUGCGUCAGCAGUGCUCAAACAUUGUCGCAGAAACUACCGCACUCACCACGGCAUUGAAGCGUUCCGCGGAUGAGCAGCACCGCGCGUCGACGAACACGGCAAAGGCGGAAGCCGCGCAGGCAAAGUGUGACUUGCGAGCCGUCUCCGAGGAGCUGUGCGACGUGCGUAAGGUUCUCGAUGCGCAUGUUAUCGAGUUAGUCGAGGCAAAGUUGAAUUUGGCCGAGUCGCAAGGCUCGCAGCUCGUAUUGCGCCGAGAGUUGGCUCGUACCAAAGGCAAGCUUACAGAAUAUGCAGCGCGCUGCACGCGCAUGGAGAGUAUGUACGCGACUAUUAUCGAUGAAUCUACCGGCACUACAGAAACUUAG